AAUACAUGUGAAUAGAUGUCCCCCUAAAUGAAGGGAUGUGGCCUAUCAAGUUGACUAGACGAAUUCUGAUGGCCUCAACUUGUGCUACAGGACAUGUCACAUGGGAAUGCCAACUAUGGAAGCAUACUGCACCAGGAACGUUUGACAGUAGCGAAGUUCGAAUGGUUGGCUAAAUGCUAACCUCAGAGGACGAGAACAUUCCUCGUUGUGGAAUAGCAUGUGUUUCACGGUUGUGAUGUAUAUAGAUGAGACCCCAGUAUUCGCUUGUCAUUUGGUCUCUUCUGCACUCGCACACCAUGGUAUUCCUCCCCCUGUUCGCUUUCGUCGCGGUACUUCCAUGCGCUUUGUCGCUCGUGACUUCUCGACCUCGACAAGGGGUCGAUUUCUUCAAUCCUACUGGAAACGGCGGGUCAAUGUUGGAUGACGCCGGUAAUGGUCUCGGUGAACCCUUGAAUGUCAUUAUCUCCGGUCUUUCUUCCCCUGGUGUUCUCACUGAAUCUGGGUUCGAGAACUAUGCCAAGGCUAUUGGAUUCUCGACAGAAUGUCUCGGUAUCCAUAUCGGUGGCCCACAAUCUGCUAACCUUGGUGACGGCAACGGCUUCGUGAAUCAAACGGUCGAAUUGCGUCAGGACUAUGGGGAUUCUGUUCUCGGUACAUGUCUAGAAUCUUUGAUUGGGGGUAAUCACCUAAGACUUUACAUCCAAAAUGGUCCUGAAGCAGAUAGUGGUGCACUUUUCCUUGCCGUUUCCAAAGAAGAAGACGCAUCUGACAACCACGAUAUCGUUCCGGAUGGUUACGACAUUGGGAGAGACGAGCUUUCCGCUGCAGCCAUCGGUACUACAUCGUUUGAUGGAGUGACUUAUUCGACCACAGGAACCAACUUGACUGGCUUGCUGGCACCGGGAAGCGCUGGCGUGAAUCAUGAUAUUGCAACUGACGGAAUAACCACAUUGCUGACAGUUAUCAUUGUUUGAGUAAACAGCUCUCUACGUAUCUUACGAUAAUCGGUGCAACACAAUGAAAUUCAUUUACAAUUUA